AAUCAUAAGAAGAAGUUGAAAUAUGUUGAGGAAGUCAGUUUACGCCACUAUGCUUGCCGCCAUCUUUAAUUAUCGGCUCAAGUCAGCGUUCAUUACGACAGCGCACACUCAGUACUCCUUCACUCUGUUGGAUCUUCGUUUCAAGAUGUCGCUUACAGGAAGGACACUCAAUAUUCUUGGCCGAUCUGCUAUCCGUAUUCGUUGCACUGGAUUACAACGUUUACGUUCAGAGUAUGCGGAAGGACCAGGAAACAACAUGCCUUUCCAGACGAAGAACAAGCCAAGGCUUCUUAUGACCAUGAUCCUGUAUUGUGGAACAAUGUUCACCUUGCCUUUUAUUGCUGUGAGAUUCCAGAUGGCCAAGCAGUCAAGCUAAUGGUGUGGUCUAGUGUGGUGAUUUGAAUGCAAGAGCUGAAAAUGAAAAUUUGUAAUUCAAAUGCGUGUGUAAAACCUCUUUUAAGCAUGUACUGUUCCAGUUGGUUAUGAACAUGUCAUGACACGAGCUUUAUUGUAACUUGUUAGUGCCAACAUUGGUUUAAUGAUUAAUAGUUUGUCAUUGGUGAUGUAAGCUUCUGUAAAUUUUUGUUAUCAAGAUUUUGUUGGAUUGAAGCAAUAAACCAUUUGUUUUCAAG